UCAGAUAUGACUUCAUAGUUCAUAUCACAGCUUCAUAUUAGCUUCCUGUAAUGUUUCCAUAGCAACAGUGCUACCAAUGUAAUCAAAAUAAAUUUUGCCUUUCCUUGGCAUAUCCAUAUUUAAUAAAUCUCAAUGGCUCAUAAAGAAGAGAAACCUCCAGAAGAACAGAAACGUAGAGUCCCUCUGUACCCAGGAUAUCCGGAAUUAGCCCGCUCUGAUGUCAGCAUUUAUCCAAGUUAUACAAAACUAGGUUUGGCAUACCGCGUCGUUUGCCGCCAUCGAUACCACUGGGCGAAAGUUGCACAGCGCAAACAAUUCAUGAAAGAACUACACAGCUUUGAGAAGCUCCAAUCUAAUGCCCUGGAUGGUGUGAGGGUUCACAGAGAGUUCUCUCAAGGUAUACUCUCCCAUAAGAUACCGCCAAGGCGCUAUAUAAACAAACUUACUCCUGACCCACUUACUAUGAAGCAAAGGAUGAGAGUGGAAGAAAUUAUAAGUGGUAGAGUUAAUUAUGGCAAAAAAUAGUUCCGUCAGUUUUUUGAAAGUACAUAGG